UCUGUUUCAAGUUUACUUCCAUGGCACGUCUUGCUCUGUUACUGUCUUUUCUCCCUCUAUUAGCUUUGAUCUCUGGAGUGAACUGUCGUGUUAUAAGUUCUGUGUCCAAGGAUAAUAACUCGAUCUUGGUCUCCGAUGGAAUCAAAGACGGAUCCAGCAACGAAUUCCUCAGUCUUGAUCCGCCAAAUCUCACUUCCGAGAAAGCUUGUGUUCAUGUGUACGGGUUUCUGCCUUGUGCAGACAAUAUUGAAGGCUAUGUCUUCCAAGUUUUCUCCUUUGGUUGUCUACUUAUCAUCGGUGAAUACUUUUUGUCUAAAGGAAGGUCUAAGCUCUUUGUCAUCUUCGAAGUCGGUUUCUUUGGUGCUAUCAUCUUCCCUCUCCUUGUAAUGUUCCCUAGAAUCACCCUUAUUCUCUCGACUGGACUAAUGGGAAGCCGCGAAAUGGCAAACUCGAUGGUGGGUAAUAACGUUGCAGUUACUGUGGGAUACUCUGUCUUUGCUUUGACAGUGCAGUGGGGAGCUUGUGUUGUCUUUGGCUUGCCUGGUUUUAGCUCAGAUCAGUCCAUAAGAAAUGGAGAAGUCCAGAGUAUAGCUUCUGGCACAAAGAGUCCAAGACGAAAUGGUAUCAGGAACAAUCUUAUUAAGAAACUUGUUGGAGCUAGCGUAAAGGCAGAUCCUAAGAACAAGAAAGCAGCUGGGAUUAUGCUCUUGACAUUAUUUCCCUUCGUCUUGGUCACCUUUUCAGAGACAUUUGACUCAGAAUCUUGGGAUGACUCUAUCGUUUUGAUCACUCUCUUAUUCUCUGGUUCUGCAACUGUUCUUUUCUUUGUUUAUUUGUAUUUUGACAAAGCAGACCAAGUGAAGAGCUUAGAUCACGCGAGGUUUGAGCUCAUGUCAGAAGUUCAUAAGCACUUACAGAAUUUUUCCCCUCAAAGCCUUAUAAGAGAUAAACAACUAAGCAAAGAGAGCUUAAAAAGGUGUGUUAUAUCCACUUUAUCAUUGUUAUUUUUGUUCUGUUAUUGUAUUCUUAGCUUACCGGUUUAUUACUUGUGCAGUUUGUUUGAAAAAAUUGAUGUCAACAAAGACGGAAAGAUUCAAGUUUCAGAGCUAAAAGAUCUGACGGUGGAGUUUGGGGUGUUGGGCAGAAUGAAGUGUGACAUACAUGAGCUUGCCACUACAUUGCUUGCUGAUUUCGACAGUGAUAAAGAUGGUGAGAUAGAUGAGACUGAAUUCGAGAAAGGGAUCGAAAAAUGGCUGAGACAGUACAAAUUCACAGUCGAUAGCACCGAGUCACAAAGAGAGUACCAAGAUGAGGAUGAGGCAGUAUUGAAGAUGGUAAAAACAAACGAAUGUCUUUUUACUAAGUUACUGACAAAGAGAACCUUCAAAGCUGUCACUGAAGUCAUUAUUGGGAUUCUUAUUGUCAGCUUUCUUGCAAAGCCUUUCAUGAUGAAUAUCGAACUUUUGUCGGUAUCAGCUGGAGUUCCUUCCUUCUAUGUUGUCUUUGCAGUGAUCCCUUUGGCAAGAAACCUAAAGAACGCUUUGUCUGCUCACUUCUGUCGCAAGAAAGACCAAGCGAGAAUCACAUCCGAUAUAUUCUCCGAUAUAUACAGAGAUGUUACACUAAACAAUCUGUUGGGGAUUACAAUUAUAUUGGCGAUUGUGUACUUGAGAGGAUUAACUUGGGAUUACUCAACAGAAGUUCUCAUUAUUGUGAUUGUUGGCCUCAUAAUAGGGGUACCAGCUUAUGUGAGAUCAACUUAUCCAUUUUGGAUAUGUGUCUUGGCUUUUGCUCUCUACUUCUUCUCCCUUGUCCUUAUCUAUCUCCAUUCAAAUCUCUAGACAAGAACGAAACUUCCACCUUCAAUGAAUGAGCAGUGAACCUUUCCAAGAAUUCUUCUCUCACGAUUUCAUAUUUUUCCUAUUUUGAUCCCAAUCCACUAUGUAUUUCAUUUUUUUUUGUCUGCGUUGUAUGUUUAUAAGCUAUUUGAUGCUAAAUGGGAAAUAUAUAAAUUUUUUGA